AUUUUUGUUAUAAUCUUUUUUCUCUUUUGCCAAUCAAUCAAUCAAAUCGCGCAUAAAUGAUUUAAUCAAAACAAACAAAAUUACUAUGGAUGAUAUAGAUGAUUUUGAUCCAUUAUAUCAACUAUUAAAAGAAGUACAAUUAGAACAUUUUUAUCAAACAAUCAAAUCGAUUGAUGUAACAAAAGUAGAACAUUUUGAUAAUGUUGUAUUUGAUGAUCUGAUUAAUCAACGUGUUGGUAUGGGUGCACCUGCAGCCAGACGUUUAUUGGAAGCAGCAAAAAAACGUAAUAACAACAAUAACGGUAACAGUAAUAAAUGGAAAAAAAAUCUUUUUCAAAUUAUAUUGCCAAAUGCAAGACUAAAAUCUGAAAAUCAACAACAACAACAUACGAAUAUCGAACGUUUAAAAACAUCAAAUAAUGAUAAUGAUGAUGAUGAUUUGAAAAUAUUUGAUCAAGAAAUCAAUCAAAAUAAUGGUUUAACAUGUUUAAUAUCGAAUAAAGAUAUAAAAUUAUUGGAUAAAAUUGGUGAUGGAUCAUUUGGUGUUGUAAUGCGUGCACAAUGGAUACGAACAACAUUGAAUAAAACUUCAAUGAAAUAUGUUGCCGUUAAAGUACUUAAACAACAAGAAAUAUUAUCACGUGCAUUAGAAGAUUUUACUAAAGAAGUGAAUGCAAUGCAUCAAUUAAAACAUGAAAAUCUUAUCCGUUUAUAUGGUAUUGUAUUAUCAACACCAAUGAUGAUGGUAACCGAAUUAGCUGAACAAGGUUCAUUACGUACAAAAUUGAUUCGAACACAGGGAAAAAUACCAUUCAGUAUACUAGUCAAUUAUUCACAACAAAUUGGUAAAGGUAUGGAUUAUUUAGAAUGUAAACGUCUUAUACAUCGUGAUCUUGCAACACGUAAUAUAUUCAUUACUGGUAAUGAUAUUAUAAAAAUUGGUGAUUUUGGUCUAAUGAGAUCAGUACCAUUUGAUGAAGAUUAUUAUACAAUGAGUGAUAAUAUGAAAGUACCAUUUCCAUGGUGUGCACUGGAAUCAUUAAAAUAUAGACAAUUUUCACAUUCAAGUGAUACAUGGAUGUAUGGUGUAACAUUAUGGGAAAUAUUUUCAUUUGGUCAAGAACCAUGGGCCGGUUUAAAUGGAUCACAAAUCAUACGAAAAUUAGAACAAAAUGAACGUUUAUCAUCACCAGAUUCAUGUUCACGACGAAUAUAUCAGGUAAUGAUGUUAUGUUGGAACCGUGAACCAAAAGAACGGCCAACAUUUACAGCUAUUGUUAAAUUUUUUAAAAUGGAACAACCAUUCAAAUUGAAAGCAUUAAAUGAUUUUGAUGGUCAAAAUCAACAAAUAUCAACGAAUAUGAAAUUGGAUAUGGCCAAAAAACAACCAAUUUUAAAAUUAUUUUAUGGUGAUGAAAUUGAAGUAAUCGAAGGAAAAGCUGAAAAUUAUUGGUGGAAAGGACAAAAUCAACGUACAUUUGAUAUUGGUUAUUUUCCACGUUCAAUGGCAAAAGAUUUACGUUCAUUAAAAUCGAAUGAUAUAAGUAAACCAUUGAAAAAUAGUUUUAUUCAUACUGGACAUAUGGAUCCAACGGGGAAAAAAUCCUGGGGUAAUCCAGAAUUUAUAGAGAAAAUGUAUCUGGAACAUCCUAUUGAACCACAAGAUUUAAUUGGUUUCGAUCAAUCGAUAUCAUCGAAUAAUGAUGAUGAUGAUGAUUCAAUUUCGAUACCGAUUCUUGAAACUCGUAAUGGACGAAAAAAUCUAAAUGAAUUGAUAAAUGGUGGUGUAAAGAUUGAAAAGAUUUCCAAUUUAAAUGAUUUAAAUAUUAAUCAUAAUUUGGAUAUUGAUCAUAAUCAUAAUCAUAAUAAUGAACAAAAAGAAGGAAUAUUGAUUGAUUUUGAAAAUGAAGUUAAUCAUGUUGAAAUAUCACCUGCUACAAUGAUGAAUAUUGUUAAUGUUAAUGUUAAUCAACCGCCAUCAACAAUUGCAAACAAUGAUUUGGCUGAAAUUAAAUUCAAUACACAGGAAAUUCUUGAUCUUUAUAAUCAAAAACCAUCAUCAUCAUUGAUUUUAAAUAAUCAAUUUGAUUUAUCCAAAGAAAAGGAUAAUGAUGAUAAUGAUUUAUUAACAAUAUCAUCGAAUAAUAAUGUUCCAUUGGAGCAUCAACAACAACAACAACAACAAGAAUCACCAAGAAAUGAAUCAAUUUUAGAUUCGAAUAAUUCGAAGAAUAAUUCUUAUUCAAAAUAUUAUAUGCCACCAUUUGAUAGUCAACAAUCAACAACGCAACAACAACAACAACCACCACCAUAUUCAAAAACAAGAUAUUAUUCAUCAGUUUGUACAACAACUGGAAUUUGUGAAUGUAAUUCGAAUUUGACCAUUGAUCCAACAUUAUCCGCAACAACAACAAGACCAAGUUGUCAAUGUUGUCAAUUUGAUUUAUCAUAUAAUCCUUGUUUAUCAAAUUUAGCUAGCCAAUUUACACCAAGUAUAUCUUCAAUGAAUUUUAUACCACCACCACCAGCCGCAUCAAAUUGUAUGAUUACCACAAACAAUGAUCUUCAACAACAUAAUAAUUGCAGUUUUUAUAAUAAUCAUAAUAAUAAUAAUCAUUUAGCUUGUUCAGAUGAAAUGACAACAUUAUCAACUUUACCGAUACCUCCACCACCACCUCCACCGCCGCCACCCCCACUAUCACUACCAUCAUCAAAAUCAUCAUUUCAAACAAAAAUAUGUAAAGAUUUUAUUGAUGAAUUGGAGGCAAAUUUUUCUCGAACAAAAGUAGAACAACAACAUUCCGAAUUAACAACUACAAAUGGAUCGAUGGUAUAUCCGAUGAUAAAUCCACCACCAAAAUCAUAUAAAACUCGUCGACCAGCACCACCACCUCCAAUACAGAAAAAAAUCUGAAAUCAGAAACUUUAAUCAAUCCAAUUUUGUUUUACGUGGAAUUUGCAAUAAUUUUUUUCUUUUGACAAACUGCAAUCUUAUCAUUCUUAUUUAAUCGAACAUGAUUUUUAUCUGUAGUUAUUUCUCAUGAAUUAAGAAUCUUUUUUUUACAUUUUAAU